AGCGCCGUGAGCCACAUGAACAGGAUGCUGGAGCUGUACGCGAGCAUGGGCGCCGGGGUGGGCGCCGCGCUGCUGCCGGAGGGCGCGCCGGCCCUGGCCUGCGCCGCCAGAACAGAGCUGAGCGCGAGCAUCAAGCGCGAGAAGAUCGUCGAGAUCUGCGAGGGCUGCGGUCAGAAGAUCCAGGACCGGUUCUUGAUGCGCGUCGGCGAGCUCUCCUGGCACGAGCACUGCCUGGGCUGCUGCGUGUGCGGCUGCCCGCUGGCACACUCCUGCUACACACGCAACGCCAAGCUCUACUGCAAGCCAGACUACGAUAGGUUGUUCGGUGUGAAAUGCACGAGGUGCGGGGACCGGCUGCUGCCGCAGGAGAUGGUGAUGCGCGCGCAGCAGCACGUGUUUCACAUUCAAUGCUUCGUGUGCGUAAUGUGCUGCCAGCCACUGCAGAAGGGCGAGCAAUACGUCAUCAGGGCUGGCCAGAUAUUCUGUAGGCAGGACUUCGAGAAAGAAAUGUACCUGAUGCAGCACGCGGAAGACGAUAUGAUCAUCGACGAUUCGGAGCGGCCGCGGGACGGCCGGCGUGGCCCCAAGCGACCCCGCACUAUCCUCACGUCCGCGCAGCGGAGGCAGUUCAAGGCAUCGUUCGAAGUCAGCCCGAAGCCGUGCCGCAAAGUGCGAGAAGCGCUCGCCAAAGACACCGGCCUCAGCGUUCGAGUUGUGCAAGUUUGGUUCCAGAACCAGAGGGCCAAAAUGAAAAAGAUUCAAAGAAAAGCCAAACAGGAAGGCGAUAAAAACAAUGAAAAAGACAAAGAUAAAGAUGAAAAGAAUAUAAAGCAAGAGUCGCCAUCCAGUGAACACGGCAACUAUCUGGGAAUGGAUAGUUCCUAUUCGGCUUCAAGUCAACCAUUGAACCCGAACCUGCCCUACUCGCCAGAUGAUUACCCUGCUCAUUCCGGCGAUAGCUUCUGCAGCUCCGACAUAUCGCUGGACGGCAGCAACUUCGACCAACUAGACGAGGGCACCUCCGAUACCCUCAGCCUGCAGAACCUCGAAGUGCAGCAGCACCCGCACUCGGCGCACCCGGCACACGCCGCGCACGAGCCGCUCAACCUUGGCGCCGGUGCCCUCGUCAACCCCAUCGACAAACUCUACCUCAUGCAAAACUCUUACUUCAGCACGGACCACUGAUUUAACUGCAACGCCGGCGCUGCCGCAACCACACCAUGAAGUUCCUUUGCGGUUGUUCAUCUCAUGGGUAAAACGAAACCACAAGCUAAGAGGCUUCCACAUAAGCAAAGUUGUAGAAGUGUGUAGUAAGUUACAUCGUGUGCCUUGCUUGCUCAUUUCCCGCACUUUGAUCUAAGCAAAUUAAUGCCGAAUGUAGCUGCGCGCAGAAACUUUACCGAUGACUCUCCUACCCACUAUCAUCCAACCGCAACUCGCUUACGUUCCUCGCCUUAGUACCGCCAUCAGUUAACGCCUCACGUCUUUAGCUCAUCGGUAAAGCUUCCGCGCACAAGUAAUCUGUUAAAUCACCAAUUUUAUAUAUCGAUACAGACAAAAUACAACAAACACCUAAUGUAAAUAUUUCCGUACAUAAUACAGUAUGCGCAUGUAACAAACAUGAAAUGAACAUUUUCAUAAAAGCCUGACCAGAAACAUAGAACACCUCGCCAUGUCAUGUCAUUUUAAAGAUAUAUAAGCUGUCAUAGCGUUGACAUUGUUGAUUGUCGUCGAGGUAUGAAAGCAUGGCGGGUGGGCGCGGCGCGCACAUGAUAAGUGCUAGAUAACCUCCCUCAGUCAUUGAUUAAAUUUGUAUUAAAAUGUGUGCAGCGCAUCUGUCGGCAGUAAACUACACCAACAAAUCUCAUACUAAAGCGAUUGACACAAUAUCCCACGUGCUCGACCCACACUUUACUUUGAUGUUUUGUGGUAGAACACCAUGGAGACUGCGGCUCCUACAUGACAGGGUUGGUAUAUCACAAGAUUUGUUUGAGAAAGUUCGGUUAUUUUAAUAAUACGAUGGAAAUGUGGAGUAAUCUUAUGUAAAUAUUAGAUCUUACGUAAAAGUUAAAUUAGAAAUGCGACUAACAAAGGCGGGUAGCUACUUACUGGAAUUCAAAUUAACUUGUACGCUGUACCGGUUUUACAAAAUGUUUUAAAUAUAUAAGUGAUCGAUGUUUCUAGUCAUUUGAUGUUGUCAUAAUGUUAAGGAGCGAACACGUAUAUAUGUCGAGGCAAGGACAUGGGCUUACGGGGGUAAAGGCGCAGAGGUAAAGGGGCAAGGGGGUGGGGGGAGGUUGCUAGUGAAAUACAUGCAGCUGAAAUGUCCAUGACAAUAUAGGUAAAGUGACAAAAAAAAGAAAAACUGACUUCCAAUUAAUUAUUUUCAAACGUAACAUAAUAUUUUUUUGCAAUAAUUCUCAUUUUUAUAAAUACAUUAUUGGAUAAGUUUACACGCCAGUAAUUGAGGUAAAGUUUGUGACACGUUUAAUGUUGUGUAGUGGAGAGCAAGGUAAUACAUAGACGCUGCUAAAAAGGCGCAGAAACACUUCACAUUAUUGUUUCCUUUCUAUAUAUCGAGCUAAAAAGUGUUGCACAAAGUAUCAAUAGCUUAAUAACAAAGAUUUUAUUUAUAUUGUAAAUAUGAAUGCAAAAAUGUAAAUGCCUUCUGUGUGGAAAUUUUGUAUGAAAUGUAAAUAUGUUUUAUGUUAAUUUAGAUUCCAUCUCUAAUUACACAUUAAACGAUUUAUCCCUGUAAAAAUAUUGUCACUAUUGUUUGUUACCUCCGUUUUGUUAAAGAUGAAUAAUAAGAGUAACGAGGUCAUGUUUUAUUCAGUCAUAUUGGUCUCAGAAAGCAACGAUUAAUGUUAAACAUUUCGUUUAUUAAUACAUAAUAUGUAUUGUAAUUAUUGUGUCUGUCUAGUCAACGACGUGAUCAGUGAAAUAUAUUAUUUAUUUAUUUAGAAAAAAAAG